AUGUCCGCGCCCAACGUCCUCAAUGCCAUCUCAAGAUGGGCCAUCCCCGUCUUCAUUGGUGCCUCGUUAGCACAAAGUGCCAUGUACGAUGUAAGAGGAGGAACGAGAGCAGUCAUCUUCGACCGUCUUUCCGGUGUUCAGGAACAAGUCGUCAACGAAGGCACCCACUUCCUCAUCCCGUGGCUACAGAAAGCAAUCAUCUACGAUGUGCGGACGAAGCCUAGAAACAUCAGCACCACCACCGGAAGCAAGGACUUGCAGAUGGUGUCACUGACGCUCAGAGUGCUCCAUCGACCAGAUGUCCAGAAGUUGCCCAAAAUCUACCAGGCAAGUUGCCAACUACUCAGUUGCACGUCGCUUGGUCAAGAUUAUGACGAAAGAGUCCUCCCAUCUAUUGGCAACGAAGUCCUCAAAGCAAUUGUGGCUCAAUUCGAUGCCGCGGAACUGAUCACUCAGCGAGAAGCUGUCUCACAACGCAUCCGAGCCGACCUGACUCGUCGAGCGCAGGAAUUCAACAUCGCUCUUGAAGACGUCUCUAUCACACACAUGACCUUUGGUCGAGAGUUCACCAGGGCAGUCGAACAGAAACAGAUCGCUCAACAGGAUGCAGAAAGAGCAAGAUUUAUUGUUGAGAAGGCGGAGCAGGAGAGACAGGCAAAUGUCAUUCGUGCCGAGGGUGAAGCCGAGUCCGCAGAUAUUAUCAGCAAGGCUGUGGCGAAAGCUGGUGACGGAUUGAUACAGAUCAGAAGGAUCGAGGCGAGCAAAGACAUUGCCCAGACACUGGCCGCGAAUCCCAAUGUGACUUACCUGCCGGGAGGUGGUGAUGGGGAAGGUGGGAAGGGGAAGAGCACGGGCUUAUUGCUGGGCUUGAGAGCAUGA